AUGCUGGAAGGUUAUACAUUAUUCCUCUUUCUGGUCGUGAUGGUGCAGUUGUUCAGUGGGGUCCUGGCAAAUGGCCUCAUUGUGGUUGUCAAUGCCACUGACUUGAUCACUCGGAGGAAAAUGUCCCCAUUGGGUCUGCUUCUUUCUUGUCUGGCAGCUUCUCGGAUCAUUCUGCAGUUGUGUAUCUUGUUUGCACAACUGGGUCUACUCUGCUUGGUGAAAUCCUCUAUAUUUGCUUACAACGUUGCCUUUGUCUUCUUUAUAAAUGAAUUGAGUCUUUGGUUUGCCACAUGGCUCUGUGUUUUCUACUGUGCCAAGAUUGCUACCAUCUCUCUCCCACUCUUCUUGUGGCUGAAGAUGAGGAUAUCCAGGUUGAUACCAUGGCUGAUCCUGGGAUCUGUGCUCUAUUCAACUGUUACUGUUAUGAUCUACGGCAGAGAGACUUCAACAAUUCCCAAACAAAUGUAUGCAAGCUUCUUUUCUGAAAACGCAACUCAGGUCAUAAAGCUACAUAACAUGGCACUCUCCGUCAUUAUCCUUGGGCUCACGCUACCAUCGCUCAUCUUCAUUGUUGCUGUUCUGCUCUUGAUCUUCUCCCUGUGGUACCACAGCUGGAAGAUGAGGACUGUGGUGGGCACUAGCAGAUACACUCACAUCAGUGCAAUGCUGUCCUUUCUAUCAUUCUUCAUCCUCUAUUUCUGCCACUACAUGGUGGCUCUUGUGGUCUCUACUCAAGGCUUCCACUUAGGAAGCACAGACUUUCUAUACUGCACUUUGCUGGUUGGUAUGUACCCCUCAUUACACUCUGUCAUCUUAAUUUUAGGAAAUCCUAAGCUGAGACAAAAUGUAAAAAUGUUCUUUGUCCAUUGUAAGCGUUGUCAUUGUGUGAGAGCUGAGAUCACUUCAAGAAAGUGA